UGCACUAAGAAAUCACGUGAUUUCUUAGUGCAAGUCGCCUAUUCAUAGACAGACCAAAAGUUGAAGUAGGAAAUGAGACAGCUUUUUUUAUUCUACAGUUUUUGACCCUAUAAACUGUUCAAAUGGGGCUGUUUUUUUCAAGAUGGAGGAAAAGAGAGACGUCAGGUGAAAUUCUAGAGGCUUUACAAAAGGAUAUUGUUGCCUUGGAAUCCAGUCAGCGUCGUAAUGAGCAAAUGCGCAAGAAGUACAUUGGCAGGCUACUGAUUUACUCAGUCUUGUCAUAUAUAUUAUUGGCAGUAAUCUUUUAUUUCAAAUAUUUCCCAACCAACUGGAGAGACAGAAUAAUGAGGAUUAUUCCCCUUCUUAUCUUCCCUCUUCUUAUUUAUGGUGUAAAAAGAUUACUUCACUAUAUAUUUGUCAGCAGAAUGACAAAGAAUGCUGAACUUUUAGAGGAGCUAAAAGAAAAAAAGAAGCAGACUCUUGAAGAGGUGAUGGAAAAGGAAACUUAUAAAACAGCAAAAGAGCUCUUAGAAAAAUAUGAUCCUGAAUCAAGUAUCAUCAAGAUGGAUAAAAAAGAACUUGUUUCAACUGUGAGUCCAAAGAGCCCCGCCAUGGCAGACCAGGCAACAGAGCUAAGAAGAAGAAAUGUUGCUGGAAAUGUACAGAGCCCUAAUGUUUCAUUACAGAAAGCAACAUCUGUACCUUCGUUAACAGAGUCACUCCUAGACAGCCCAAAGAGAGGACCAUCUCCAGGUGGUCCAUCAGACACUUCAUUUAUAAACAGCCCCAGCGUCCAGCAGAGGGCAAAUAGUUUGUCUAAUCUUGAUUCUUCAGGCAAGCAAAUACCAGUUCUAGGGCCGCCAAGACCUCCAGGGCCGCCCAAACCAGCAUAUCCCAUUUUACCACGAGAACGCUCAACUAUGGAUAAGGUUGUAGAGUAUUUGGUAGGAGAUGGUCCUAGCAACAGAUAUGCCUUGAUUUGUAAACAGUGUGCUUCACAUAAUGGCAUGGCACUCAAGGAAGAAUUUGAAUAUAUUGGCUUCAGGUGUUGCUAUUGCUUCCACCUGAACCCACCAAGAAAGCAGCGACCUACAGCACCCAAGCUAGAGGAUGAUCCAAUGACACCUGGAAGAUCUCGUAAACAGCCCCCACCCAGCCCUCGAAGAAAUGUAAAUGAAGAAGUCAAACAGAAACCUGAGGAAAGCAUUUCAGAUGUAUCAGGUGAUGAGAUGAAAGUAAAUAAAGCAGAAAAACUUGCAGAGGAAACAAUAGAAGAGAUACCAGAUGAGGCUGCAGAAACAGAGUAACCAUGUAGAACCUAUCAAUCAAGUUGACUCUCAAUAAUGCUAAAACCUGGACAUGGUUUUGUUGUUCAAUUGUGAUUUGAAGAAUGACUUGAAAAGGCUUUUAAAGAUAGAUUUAAUUUCACUUCUAAUAGAUGGUUUGCAACAAUUUAGGAUGGAACGAAAGUGGCAGCCAUGUUAGAUGAUGUUGACUUUUCCUGUUUUAGAAAAGAAAAGAAAAUGAAAGUAUGAAAUUUGAGUCUUCAUUUCAUUAGUAUUGCUGUGAAAUGUCUAGUUGCAAAAGGUCAAAAAUUCACAGCAUGAUUGUUGACACUAGCCAUUACAUGAGCAAGUGUAUUAAAGUAAGAAAACUAGAAAAACCAAAGAAUCACCAAAUCAUCUGAGAAAAAUUGGAAUGCAAGGCAUUGAAAGACCAAUGUACUUUUCUCUAAAGGUUUACAGCUACAGUUAAUGUAUUCAAGAACCUAAAAAUGCAGCAACCCCAAGCUACAACUUUUGUUUAAGUCCGCUGCAUAUAGUUUGGUUAGCUUGAUCAUAAAUAGUUUUAAGUCUAAAUAUAUUAUUGACAAUGGUUCAAAGACCUUCACUUGGUAGAGUUUAAUCUUACUAAUGUAAAGUUGUCAUUGAUGAAUUUUGUUUAUUUGAUGCAUCUAUCAAUAAAGAGGAUAUAGAGUGAAGUCAUGAAACCCAUGAAAUAGAUAUUAGACUAAUAAACAUUAGUAGACCCUAAUUCCGUUGUCUUCUUUUGUGUCUACUUGACUAUUACACGUUAACUAGUAUUUUUUAUUUCACGGGUUAUAUGCCUUCAUUCUAAACUAGAUAUUUUCUUUCCUAAUGAUAGAAGUUAGUUUUGUCAUCUUGUCUUCAAGAAUUAAUAAUAAAAAUUUAAACAGAUUA